CGCCCAGGCACCGCCGCGGCCACCCAAGCGCGGGGUCCUGCCGGCUCCGGGGCCCUGCCUGCGCAACGCGGCGCGUUAAAGUGGGCGCUGCGCAUGCGCGGGUUCUCUCUCUUCCGGCGCUGAUCAUGGCGGAUAAGGAAGCAAAGAAGGUGCCACCUGUUCCAGAAAGCCUCCUGAAAAAGCGACAGGCUUAUGCAGCUAUAAAAGCCAAACGUCUGAAGAGGCUGUUGGCUCAAAAGAAGCUUCGUAAGGCACAAAGGAAACUCAUCUAUGCAAGAGCUAAAGCUUACCACAAGGAAUACAGGCACAUGUAUAGACAGGAGAUCCGUAUGGCCAGGAUGGCCCGAAAAGCUGGAAAUUACUACGUACCAGCCGAACCAAAGCUGGCCUUUGUGAUCAGGAUAAGAGGUACCAAUGGUGUUAGCCCAAAGGUCCGUAAGGUAUUGCAGCUUCUUCGCCUGCGUCAGAUUUUUAACGGCACGUUCGUAAAACUCAACAAAGCUUCUAUCAACAUGUUGCGGAUUGUUGAACCGUACAUUGCCUGGGGUUAUCCCAAUUUGAAGUCUGUGCAUGAGUUGAUCUACAAGCGUGGUUAUGGCAAGAUCAAUAAGCAGCGCAUUGCUCUGACUGAUAAUUCCCUGAUUCAGAAGCGCCUUGGAAAGCAUGGCAUCAUCUGCAUGGAAGAUGUGAUCCACGAAAUUUACACUGUUGGCAAGAAGUUCAAAGUUGUGAACAACUUCUUAUGGCCCUUCAAGUUAUCCUCCCCUCGGGGUGGAAUGAAGAAGAAAACCAUCCACUUUGUAGAAGGUGGAGAUGCUGGUAACAGGGAAGAUCAGAUAAACAGACUCAUAAGGAGAAUGAACUAAAGAUUCAGAUGCCCAGCUGCAAUCUUUCCAAUUCUGGUCUGUUAAUAAAACCAUCUUGCACAAAACAA